AUGAAGGCAACACGGAUUCUCUCCCGCGCCAGCAACACCACAGCAAACAGCUCACUAUGCCUGGGCCGCUCCCAACCCAUCUCGAACCCUUCAAUCAGCACCAGCACCAGUCUACGACUUUCCUCCCAGAAGCGCUCUCUGUACCAUAGAACAGCACUAUCAGCUUCCGUACGACCAUUCCUCUCCCUCUCGAAUCCACAACGCUGCCACCACCACCACCAACCACAACAACAACAACAGACUCGACCGAUCAGCACCACCCAACGCACGCUCAAGGGCAUACAACCCGACAGCGCGGACCCGGCACCACCGAAAACGGAACCAAGCACAAGCAGCACGGCCAGUCCCAUCGCGGCCUCGAUUUCCGACUCCGAAUACCAUGAGAUCGCAGACGAAUAUCUAGAUACAUUGGUCUAUGCCGCGGAGGAACUGAGCGAGAGCUCCGAGAAUGGUAUUGACGUUGAAUACUCGGCCGGUGUCUUGACGAUCAUUCAUCCGACACAAGGCAGCUACGUGAUCAAUAAGCAGCCGCCGAACAAGCAGAUUUGGCUGUCGUCGCCGGUGUCGGGGCCCAAGCGCUACGAUUGGGUCGUGUCGGGGAGGGAUGCGGCGCAGCAUGAAAAGGAGGGGUCUGUGUUGCUGGACGAUGCUGAGGCUGCAGGCGAUGAUGGUGAGGGUGGCAAGUGGAUCUAUAUUCGUGAUGGGUCCAGCUUGUCGGAGUUGCUGAAGGAUGAGAUUGGUGUCAUCGUGAAGAAACAACCUGGCGGUGAUUAG